CGAGCGCUCAAUGCUGUCAAUGUACAGACAUGAACCGAGCUCAGCGAGUAAUAAUCAAAUCAAAGCUUUUUAUUCUCCGCGAUUGACACAAUUUUUUCCGUUUUCCGCUAAUAGGUCCUACACAAUUUUUCAGCCCUAACCGUCGUUUUGAAAACAAAAAAUCGUUCAAUCGUUUGCGCUGGAUCAUUCUUGCCAGAAGAUGUGUGUGGAGAGCGAUGGAUGUGAAAUCGAGGGGUGCAGCAGUUCGGAUGAGGUGCACACGCUGUCUGGAAGCAUGAGUCCGGCUCUUAAAUCCAGAGAUCUGCAUCACUGCAGACCUGGGCAGAAAUUCCAUGCCGCAUUACUCCGAUGCCGGACUCCGCUUGUAGCCGCCGGGAUUCUGAGUUUUGGAAAUGUGCUCAAUUACAUGGACAGAUACACCGUAGCAGGUGUCCUGCUUGACAUACAGAAACAAUUCAAAGUUGGUGACAGCAGUGCGGGUCUGCUGCAAACAGUCUUUAUCUGCAGUUUCAUGGUGGCCGCCCCCAUUUUCGGUUACCUGGGGGAUCGCUUCAACAGAAAGAUCAUCCUGAGCUGUGGAAUAUUCUUCUGGUCUGCUGUGACGCUGCUAAGCUCUUUCAUUACCAAAGAAUAUUACUGGUUGUUAGUGCUAUCCAGAUGCUUAGUGGGUAUUGGAGAAUCAAGCUACUCAUCCAUCUCUCCAACUAUCAUCGGAGACCUGUUCACCAACAACAAAAGGACUGUGAUGCUUUCUAUCUUCUACCUGGCCAUCCCACUGGGAAGCGGUCUGGGCUACAUCCUGGGAUCCAUUGCUAAAGAUGCUGGAGGGCAUUGGUACUGGGCACUGAGGGUUUCUCCUAUGUUGGGUCUGACUGCUGGGACGCUCAUCCUCAUCUUUGUCUCAGAACCUAAGAGAGGAAGCGCUGACCAACCUGGUGGAAGAUUAAAGACACGCACUUCCUGGGUCUGUGACAUGAAAGCUCUCGCCAAAAAUCGUAGUUAUGUAUUUUCAUCUCUGGCAUCGGCUGCUGUGUCAUUUGCCACGGGGGCGUUUGGGAUCUGGAUCCCGCAAUACCUGGUCAGAGCUCAGGUUGUGCAAAAGUCAGCAGAGAGCUGCACAUAUCAACCCUGCAGCAGCAGAGACAGUUUGAUAUUUGGAGCCAUCACAUGUGUGACGGGGCUGCUGGGAGUGGUGAUCGGUGCUGUGACCACACGACUCUGCCGUCAGAAGACGGAGCGUGCCGACCCGCUGGUGUGUGCGGUCAGCAUGCUGGGCUCUGCCAUCUUUAUCUGCCUCAUCUUUGUUGUGGCCAAGAAGAGCAUCGUGGGAGCUUAUAUCUGCAUUUUCAUUGGAGAGACGCUGCUCUUUUUGAACUGGGCCAUUACAGCGGACAUUUUAAUGUAUGUUGUCAUACCCACCAGAAGAGCCACUGCUGUUGCCUUCCAGGGCUUUACCUCACACUUACUAGGGGAUGCUGGGAGUCCGUACCUCAUUGGCCUGAUAUCAGACUCGCUGCAAGAGAGCUACGCUACGUCAGAGAUAUGGCAGUUCCUGAGUUUGGGAUAUGCCCUCAUGCUCUGCCCCUUUGUCAUCGUUCUGGGGGGGAUGUUCUUCCUGGCCACCGCCCUGUUCUUCCUUGAUGAUCGUGACAAAGCCGCCAAACAAGUAAACCAGCUUACCCGGCAGCCGUCAGCAAUUAAGGUUACCAAAUGAGAAGAGGCUGCUGCAAUGGGACAAAAGUGGAAUUAAAACGUGGGCAAGCGGAGGGGAAUAAAAUCUGAAAGAAUCAAACUAGCAGCUUUCUCACUAUGCGCACACUCGACAUACUCGCCAUCAUCGUCAUCUCUGCUUUUUCGUUCCAUGAAGGCUGUUCCGAAUUCGAGCCGCACCUUGCUUGCCCCAGGAAGCCCGUCAGCCAAUCAGCAGCUGGUGUGCAGCUAUUAAGGAUGUAUAUAAAGAGCCUUGUGAGCUCAGAUAGGUGCCAUACUACUGAAAACAGCACGGACACUCACUACCGUCCUGUCACUCUGCCUGUCGAUCUGCACCAAGUGCCAUAGCAUCACAUUCCUAACGGGGACCAGUACCAAUAAUGCUCAGAAGCCAACAGGGGCUCGCCAACACACUAAAAUCAUCCAAGAACUGAAGGACUCGCUUCGCAUCACAUUAGCUCCCCAACCGAAAUAAGCAACACGGUGAGCCCUGCCUUAAAGAAAUCCGGCAAAGGCACGGGUCUGGUCCCCGGUCACUUUUCUUUCAUAAAGAUCCUCUCUGUUUUCUUAUUAAGAAAUGUAUUUUCCGUUCUUUUUCUUUCUUAGCACUUAGCACGUUUUUAAUGCAGUGCCAGUGACAUCAUGCAGCCUCGCAUGACACCUGAGACUGUUGAAACCGCUCAUCUUUUCUCCUCUGUGUGUUUUUACUAUCGAAACUGGAGGGACUUCAUAAACUAUAGCUGAAAGGGACACUGGAUUGUAAAUAUUAUCUUUUUAUAAUGAAGAAAAAACAUGUAAAUGCUUUCAUACUGAAACAGGCUGCCAGGAUAUCGCAUAGUAUGUCCAAAAGGAAAGCAGAAGUACUCCAAAAAAAAAAAGAAAUUGUUAACAGGUGAACAAAGCCAAGGUUAUCAAUACACUUAUCUAGUGCUUUUCGGCGAGGAAUUCUUUCUGCAGUGCCGGGUUUCCCACUCAGACAGGCAAACCUUCAUUUUAACUGCGGAUAAGAUUCGCAAGCUCAGUCUGGAAGAAUGAAAGUCUUUGUAUGUUGGCUUACCUUGCUUAUUUGGUUUUACAUAUCCCUUUACUGGAAAAGAAGAGAGGGAAAGGAUGAUAGCGUACCGCGGCCAAGUUAAUUAGCUACACUGCAAUCCAUCCGUUUUCAAAAAGGGAGAACUCAGAGGUUAAGCUAUGUCUGGAUUGCUUUUUUGUGGAUUCUGUGAAUUUUUUGUGAACUUUUUUUGAUAAACAGAGAACAGAUAUUUGAAUACUAUAUAUUGCGUUCGCUAAGAAAAGCACUUUGCUUUUCACCGAGGAGUCUUGAAUAUGAAGAGAUACAACUGAUGGGUAAAAUUGCAGAAAAGAUUGAGUUUGCGCUAUUUUUGGCCUGUGCAGAUUUGCGUUAGGAUACAGUUUGUAAUAUAUGCAAUUUAAAAGAAGAUGCGUCAUUAAUGGACAUGACAGCUUUGACAGUGGCAAUAAUUUGUAUAUUCUCAUAUUUAGCAAGAUUUUCUCAGCACACACACACAAACACAAACAUACCACUGUCACUUUUCUGCAAUCUGUUGUUACCAAAUCUGUCUAAAGCCGUUCAAGUGUAAAUCUGUUCUCAAAGAAAAGCCGGGGCUUUUUCCCACCUUGAAAAAGCACCUUGCCUAUAGAUUUAAAGUGGAAAAAAGCUAAUCCGUGUUUUGAAGGUCUGACUUGACACGUCAUGUGAAAUUACCGUCCCUAUUUUCCAGUCAUAUCUUCUUAGCUUUCAUCGUGCCAGGUGAAAAGCCUUUGAAUGUGAUUCUGUCCAAUCCAAUGUGUUUACACAUGCAAACUGAUCUUAAUGAAGCUUUUGUAUUAUUAUUAUUAUUAUUCUUUUACAGAUGUCUCUUUUUCUUUCUUUUUACAAAUAUGAGUUUUAUAUAUAAACACUAUAAAGAUAAACUAUAUUAUGCAGCAAUUUUAAUAUAUUGUAAACUGCUUUGAUGCAAUGUAUUUAUUGUUUUUGUUUAUUUGCUACCCUUGCUGAUAAGACGGGAAAAUAAUGUCAUAGUUAUUAUGUACAGUUCUGUUUUUUUUUGUUUUGUUUUUUAAAUGCCUCCUUAUCACCAUUUGAAGAAUCUCUCAGUUGUUCAUCUCAGAAAGCUGUUUUCACAGGAGCCAAUUAUGUUACUGCUUUACGCACACACACACACAAAUGCACACACAGCAUGAUUUACAUACACGUGUUGCGUACCGACAUGUUUGUUAGACCAAUGAACUGAUACUUUAACCUGAUUUAUUUUGCACAAGCAACUGGGUGUGUGAAUGAUGUGCUGAUCAGGGGGUUUUCUCUUACUGUCUAUCCAAUAGUUCUACACUGGCAUUUUGUAAGUGCUAGCUUUGAGGGAUUAUUACCCGUUCACUGCCUGGCUACUAGCUUUUGAAAGUUAUUUUACAUGCUGUCAAUGAUUAAAUGAGUAUUGUUUAUUUGUCUGUUGAAAGACAACGCUCACGGUGAUCCAGAUCGGAUGAACGCUUGGCUUAAUAUUUGUGAGGCCAAGUUUCUUUUAUCAACAAAACCCGAUCCUAUUUUAUGAGACCAUUUUAAUUGCUGAACCGUGAGCGUUGAGUGUUUCAGAUUGCACAUUUUCUUGUCAUACAAGAAUUCUGUAAAAAUGAACCUAUUUCUGAUGUUAAGCAGAAAUUAAAAGGUGAUUUUAUUUUUUAGAGCAAGUUGUGAUUAUAAAGAAGAAAAGUAUCUAGGACGUUUACUGUGAUGCUCCCACAGGGAUAUAAACCCUAUAUGUAACUGAUCAAAAUAAACUUAUUUAAUCAAAA